AAUUUACUCUCUUCUAUUUCGUUCUCAACAAAUCCCAAAUUCAGAUUUAAUUAGGGUUUCAGUGCAGUGAAGAAUGUUUCCAUCCAUGGAGUUUAUAAAACCCUUAGGCAAAGGUUCGUAUGGUUCCGUGGAUCUCGUCAGAUUCACGAAACCCGACGGCUCGAACCCGUACUACCAAGCCGUGAAAACCUCUUACCCACAAGACUUCGAAUCUCUCCUCAAAGAGUUUCAGAUUCUAUCUAAACUCAGAGAAUGUCCUAGAAUCGUGCAAACUUGCGGGACAAGUCUAUCGAGAGGUGUCAAUGAAUACGGAAUCAGAGUUUAUAGAAUGGUAAUGGAGUAUGCAGCUGGUGGAAGUUUAACUUCUUUAAUGGAAACAAUAUUAUUGACUGAUUCGAUGAUCAGAGACUUCACUCGUAUGAUCCUUGAAGGACUUGUCUCUAUCCAUAGUCACGGUUAUGUUCAUUGCGAUCUCAAACCGGAAAAUAUUCUCGUGUUUCCUCGUACUUGUGAAGGCAGUGUUUCAUAUGAAUUGAAGAUUUCGGAUUUUGGAAUGUCGACAAAAGUUGGAGAAGACUCAGAGUUUUGGGAAUAUGAUUCUCCGUUUUUGGGAACAUCUCUUUACAUGUCGCCAGAAUCUGUUCAAAACGGGAUCGCGGAGGAAGCCCUAGAUUUGUGGUCAUUAGGUUGUAUCGUGUUGGAGAUGUAUACUGGAGAACCGCCAUGGCAGUUGGAAGAUUCUAAGAAGCUUUUGCCUCUUUUGUUGAAUGGGAAUGCACCAGAGAUCCCAAAGUCUCUUCCUUGGGACGCAAGACAGUUUUUACAAACGUGUUUCGCAAGUAAUCCUUUGGAGAGAGGAAGCGCUUCGGAGCUAUUGAAGCAUAAGUUUCUACAGAAUGUUUCCAAUGAGAAGAAGGGGAGAGUUACCGUCGCCGGAGAUAAGAGAACGUCGGUUUUGGUAUUGAAGUCUAAGAACUUUUCAAAAAAGCCCCUAAAAAUCAAGAUUAUUCCACCAAAGCCACCGCAGUUUAAGGGAAUUUCGAAUAGACCCUUGAGGUUGAAGAUUAUACCUCCGAAACCCCCAGGAUGCAAUCUUGUUCCGGUUCAAUAAUGUGUCAGUAUUCGUCUUUGUUACUUGGUUGUUGGUGUUGUAGAUCAAUUUAGUUACACGUUGAUACAAUUGUAAGGCUUCAAAUUAUGAAAAUGUAUGCAUGGUAUUUUUGUUCUCCACUUAUAGUCUUUUAU